CUUCGCUUGCCAUCAUCACAGCCCUUGUUACCCGCACCCAGAUGUCUACCAGCAACAAGACUAUACAGACCAAGUUUUACCAGGAAGACAUUGUCCGGCGGAAUGACUCGCCGAAUGUCCUGGGGGUGGUAUUGCGUUGUUGGCACGACCCAGAAGAUCUUCCUAUAGCAGGUCCAAUCAUGGAUCCCCUCAUGCGACCGCUGAAGCGAGGAGAGGUCGGUGUAUCCUUCUUCCCUGGUGGUGUUCGCGAAAUCGUCGCCGAAGCCGAUUAUACCUUGGUCGAUCGUACAUUCCAAAUAGGAGAUUAUUGCAAGCGCAGCAUCGACGAUGUUUGUUCCGGAGUUGUGAUUAGCACCAAGGUACAAGCGAAGCUUGUUCAUGCUAUCACAAACGAACCCGUGGAAGGCUGGAAAGACGUACAGGAUCUCAGGCAUUCCACCAGUAUCAAUGGCGGUGAUUAUGUGGUCUAUGACGACUGGGUUGGCCAGGUCAUCGAGCUUUUCGACGAACUCGUCGUUUCUACCUCUGGUAUCUUGGUUCGAAUACCGGAAAUUAGCACUCGACUUACCGUUGGCGACAAAGGCAUCGAUCUUCUGCCCAGCCCUAUUGGUCACCAGACCAUAUACAGUGGGUGUCAUGCGACGCCAAUCCCAACUCCCAACGACACUGUUGUAGAUGUCAAACAUACUGUGCUUGCCAUAUGUUGGCUGGCGGUGAAUCAAAGUCUUGAUCCAGAAGUUGCUCAAUCUAAACACCGCCCAGAACGAUUCUGGUACGGUGAACAAUUAUCCAAGCUCACUGUCAUUAGAUCCAAAUCAGGAGACAUCCGUGUUGGUGAUAAAGUUACCCUCGAGGGCGGUCGAAAAGUUCCGGCCACCGUGUACGACACAGGCAGCGAUAUCAACGAUAAAAUCAUCGUACGAACGCUCUGUGUACGGGAAACCAGAACGGUAGCAACGGUAUUAUGGCAGGAUGGUACCCGGCAAACCCUGUCCUCCACGGAAUUAAUUCCAUACCUGAACAUUGAUGAGUAUGAUUGCUGGCCAGGCGACCAUGUACUGUGGAAAAGCGAAGAUCAAGCACAAGUUGCCGUGGUUCAGUCUGUGAGCUCUGCGGACAGAGUAGCUCUCAUACGGUGUUUGGGCACAGGAACCCUUGAAACCGUAUCUGCUCUUGAACUUGACCCUAACGGUGCCGGAGACCUUGGUGGUAAUAUACUGCAUAACUACGGCCUUGGCGUACGGCGGGGUGAUUCGGUGUUUAUACAUCGCGAAGGAACAACUAAUGGCUUUGACUCACCGAAAGUUCCGAAGAUCGGCGAAAUCGAAGAAUGGGUUCGCGAACAUCCCGUAAGGAAUGACGGGGAAUUGGGUGGUUGGAGGCGCACUAUGGCGGAUCUGGGUGCAAGGCUAGCAACAGAGCACGGGACUUACAGGACCCAAGUCUACGAUGUCAAAUCACCGAAAGCGGACAGGUCUCUCGUGUGGUUUGGGGAAGUCUCAGAGCUCCGUCUUGACGGUUCGGUGGAAGUGACUCAUCCAAACGGGGAAAUUUCUGUUUUACCUCUGGAAAGAUUAACGAGGCUAUACGACAGCCUGGAACAAAUUGAGGAUGACGGCUGGGGUGAUGAAAUAUCAAGUCAUAAUUCCCAUAGUGAUUAUCCAGAUGGUGUAUGGUUGCAAGACGACAACGGCAUUUGGCGGUACGACAAAGGCGAGGAUGACGAAGAUGACGAGUGGGAGGAAAUGGACGAAAUUGAAGGUGCAAUGGAAAUUGACAUCCCUUGGGCGGAGGACGAGCCCUCUGCAGUAGUGGAUGACGUGAUCGAUUCUCUGCCGAGGAGUGUGACCCCCGACAUUGCUGAUUCGGUCUCCCCGUUACCUGUGUCGCCGUCUACGACCACUCCAGAUGCGAGCCAGGAAAUAGAUAUUGGAGGUGACCAAGAAGAUUCUCCCUGGAAUCUCUUCGACAUCCUACCCAGUGCCCCUCCUGACCACGCCUUCUACACGACUCCAUGCAACCAGCCGUCGAAGGCUUUCCUUGCUCGUAUAACGAAGGAAUACCGAGCGCUCUCCAAUAGUCUACCUGAAUCCAUCCUUAUUCGAGCAUAUGAAGAUCGAACAGAUCUUUUACGGUCGUUGAUCAUUGGUCCAGAGAAUACACCAUACGAAAAUGCGCCUUUCGUCAUCGACUGGAUGCUUGAUUCCAAUUUUCCGCAGAGCCCCCCGAUUGCGCACUUUCAUAGUUGGACAAAUGGCAAUGGAAGGAUAAACCCAAACUUAUACGAAGAGGGUAAGGUGUGCUUGUCCAUACUGGGCACGUGGACGGGUGACCGCACCGAGACCUGGAGCCCAGCGAGAUCAAGUCUUCUUCAGGCAUUUGUUUCCAUCCAAGGACUCGUUUUGGUCAAGGAACCGUGGUUUUGCGAACCUGCAUACGACAAAUUAAGGGGUACUGAGGAAGGUAUGGUUAACAGUCGGCUGUACAACGAAAAGGCAUACGUCCUCUCCCGUGGGUUUGUCCGCCGUGCGUUGGAAAUGCCUCCGGGAGGACUACAAGCCGAACUCACGUGGCUAUACUGCACGAAGGGGAAGCUUGCUAAGGUGCUCCGAGAUUCCCGGCAGCUCAUUGAGAAGAGCAAGCAGGCACACUCGUCCUCGACCUUAACAUCUAUGGACCACCAGGACGUUGCUGUACCUCGCUUGACGGCGGGAGGGAUUAUCACGCUCGAGCGCACGUUAGUCAGACUCCAAACUCUCCAUGACAGUUGGCAAGCGAAAGACCCGAACCGGCAAUAACCUUCUUCAGAUUUAUAAAUAUACCUUCCUGGGCGGUUAUAGUGAAACUGAUUGGGCAAAUGCAGCGGAAGCACGAUGGCAUUAGUAUUUGUAUGUUCAUCAUAUUACCACAAACGGAUGUAAACAUGGAA